AUGGCGUCACUGAGCAUGGCGUUCGGCGCGGCGGUCGCGGGCGGGCGGGUGUUUGCAGCGACAGCAGAGGCCAAGGGCGCCGGAAGCAGCGGGGAGGAGAAAGGGCUGUUGGACUGGAUACUGGGAGGGUUGCAGAAGGAGGACCAACUGCUGGAGACGGACCCCAUUCUUAAGAAGGUGGGGGAGAAGAACGGCGGCGGCAGCCGCAGCACCGCCACCGGGUCCAGAAAGUCGUCCACCUCCGUCUCCGUUCCCAGCAAGAAGAAAUCCGGCGGCUUCGGUGGCCUUGGCGGCCUCUUCGCUAAGAAAUGA